AUGGCUGACAGGAAGGCGGUGAUCAAGAAUGCAGACAUGCCUGAAGAUUUGCAGCAGGACGCCAUUGACUGCGCAAACCAGGCACUGGAGAAAUACAACAUUGAGAAGGACAUUGCCGCUUUCAUCAAGAAGGAGUUUGACCGCAAACACAACCCCACGUGGCACUGCGUCGUUGGUCGGAACUUCGGCUCCUACGUGACGCAUGAAACCCACCAUUUUAUCUAUUUUUAUAUUGGACAGGUUGCUGUUUUGCUCUUUAAGAGCGGUUGA